AUGUCAAGCCCACUCACCGCCGGAUUCUGCCGGGAGAUGUACAACAGCGCCGAUACUCCGGAGGGCAACCCCAUUCUCCAGGUGCUCAGCAUCAAGCGCAUCCAGGCGGCCAACUCGAACACGGACCGCUUCCGUGUUAUCCUCUCGGACGGUCAGUACUUCGUCCAGUCGAUGCUCGCGACCCAGCUCAACAACCUGGUUGAGAACGAGUCUCUCAAAAAGAACGUCGUCAUCAAGCUCACCCAAUUCGUCACCAACACUGUCCAGAACAAGAAGCUCAUCAUUAUUCUUGGCUUGGAUGUGCAGCCAUGGCAGGGUGACAAAAUUGGGUCCCCCAUCAGCAUCGAGUCCGCAGGGCCACCCGCGCCAGCAGCAGCUGCCCCAGCGGCUCCUGCGCCGGCUGCUGGGAACCGGGGUGGCGCGUCGAACUCUCGCGCUCAGCCUGCCGGCGGAGCUCGUCGUGCGGGUGCUGGUAAGGGCGACAUGGGACCGAUCUUCCCAAUCGAGGGCCUCAGCCCGUACCAGAACAAGUGGACGAUCAAGGCUCGCGUCACCCAGAAGUCUGAUAUCAAGCACUGGUCCACCCAGCGCGGCGAGGGCAAGCUCUUCAGCGUCAACCUCAUGGACGAGACUGGCGAGAUCCGCGCAACCGGCUUCAACGACGCGGUUGACAACUUCUACAACGUUCUCGAGGAAGGCAAGGUCUACUUCAUCUCGCGCGCGCGUAUCAACAUCGCCAAGAAGCAGUUCAGCAACCUGAACAACGAGUACGAGAUCAUGCUGGAGUCCAACUCGGAGAUUGAGCCGUGCGACGACGACUCGGUCCCGCAGGUCAAGUACAACUUUAAGCCUCUCGCCAACCUCGAUGACGUCGUGAAGGACGGUAUCGUGGACGUGAUCGGCGUUGUCAAGGAGGUGCACGACCUCGGCUCGGUGACGUCCAAGGCGACUCAGAAGCCGUUCGCUAAGCGGGACAUCAUGAUCGUCGACCAGUCCGGCCAGAGCGUCCGCCUCACCCUGUGGGGUAGAACCGCCGAGAACUUUUCGGCCACUGACGAGCCUGUGAUCGCGUUCAAAGGUGUCAAGGUCGGCGACUUUGGCGGACGGUCAUUGUCCAUGUUCAGCUCGGCGACCAUGUCGGUGAACCCUGACAUUGGCGAGGCGCACGCUCUCCGUGGCUGGUACGACGCCGAGGGUAGAGGCAAGUCGUUCAACACGUUCUCGAACGCUAGCGUCAACGGCGGUGCUAUGGGCGCUGUCAAGCCUUCUGAGCUCAAGACGAUCGGUGAGGCCAAGGACCAGGGCCUCGGCAUGAACGACAAGGUCGACUACUUCACGACCACCGCCACCGUCAUGUUCAUUAAGCAGGAGACGUUCUCGUACCCCGCCUGCGCGAACCCCGAUCAGAGCUGCAACAAGAAGGUCAUUGACGAGGGCACCGGCUGGCGCUGCGAGAAGUGCGACCGCUCCUGGCCUGCACCCAUCCACAGGUACAUUCUCCAGAUGAACGUCAUGGACUACACAAGUUCGUUCUGGGUCACUGCGUUCAACGAGGUCGCGGAGCAGCUUCUCGGCAUUUCGGCCAACGACCUCAUGCGAUUCAAGGAAGAGGGUGACCCUCAGUUUGAAAAGUACUUGGCCAAGGCGCAGGGCAAGACCUGGACGUUCCAGAUGAUGGCCAAGCAGGAUUCGUUCAACGACCAGGUUCGUGUGCGCUACCAGUGCCGCCGUGCUGCGGCCAUCGACUUUGUGGCCGACAACGCAGACCUGAUUGCCAAGAUCAAGGCCAUUGCGGUGUAA